AUGGUCACCGUCGGAGCCGGUCUGUUCCUGAGCAAGCAGCUCGGCCGCGACGUCGGUCCAGGCCAGGCCAACUGGAUGGCAGCCUUAACUCAGGGUGCAUUCGUCGUGAUGAGCGGCAGACUCGGCGCUGUGUACGGGCACCAGCAGGUGCUCCUGGCCGGCGGCGCCAUCUUUGCGCUCUUCACCCUCGUCACCGGCUUCUGCACCACCUACGAGUCCUUCGUCGCCUGCCGCGCCCUGACGGGCGUUGGCGCCGGCCUCUCGAUGCCCAACGCCGUGGCCAUGGUCACUAUCAUGCUGCCACCGGGCCGGUCGCGCAAUGUCACGGUGGCGUUUUUCGCUGCUGCGGCGCCGAUCGGUGGCUGGUUGGGCACCCUCAUUGCCGGCUUGUUCAUCGAGUUCACUAAUUGGAGGUGGAUCUUCUACUUCUUGGCCAUUUUCAGCGCAGUCGUCUUUACCGUUCUGUACAUCUCUCUGCCGCCGGAGGAGCCCGUUGACAGGGCCGGCCGGGUCGACUAUGUAGGGUCGUUCCUGGGUGUUAGCGGAUUGCUGCUUUUCAACUUCGCAUGGAACCAAGCACCUUCAGUUGGCUGGGCCACUCCAUACGAGAUCGCCGUUAUCAUCCUCUCCGUCGUCCUCCUGCUAGCCUUCGCCGCGUGGGAGCACUACUUUGCCAAGGAGCCCAUGAUGCCCUUGUCCAUCUUCCGCGGUCCCACUUUUGCCGCCCUGGUUAUCGUCGUGCUCCUCAGCUACAUGUCCUUUGGGAUCUCGCUGUGGUACAUGGUCGCCUGGGGCCAGCUGGUGCGCGGCUGGAGCGUGAUGGACCUGUCCGUCAACAUGAUCCCCUUCGCCAUCGGCUCCACGGCCUCGGUCGGCCUGGCCGCCUGGCUCAUCCCCCGGGUCGCGGCGCAGUGGAUCGUGGGCCUCGGCAUCGCGUCGGUGCUGCUGUCCAACCUGCUCCUCGCCACCAUGCCGGUGUACCAGACGUACUGGGCCCAGGUGUUCCCCGCCAUCGUGAUGGGCAGCGUCUGUCCCGACUUUGUCUACGUCGCGGCCCAGGUGAUCGCGAGCAACAGCGUCAGCCGCAAGCAGCAGGGCAUCGCCGGCAGCCUCAUCGGGACGCUCAACCUCUACGGCAACAGUCUCGGGCUCGGCUUCGCCGGCACCAUCGAGACGGAGCUUACGCAAGGGGCGAGAGCCGAGGUGCCGGUAGACCAGAUCCCGGGCUAUCGUGCCGCCCUCUAUUUUGGUGUUGCGCUCGCGGUAGUGGCCCUCGUUCUGGACUUUGCGUUUGUGAGGAUGCCCAAGGAUGAGAGGGAAGGGUGGGAGGGGGCGGAUGGUGAGCAGGAAGAUGUGGCUGUGGGCAGCACUACAGGCAUCCAGCUGCCGAGCCGUGCAUGA